CUGUUAAUGUCUUGGCACCUCAGCUUGAUCUGACGUUCAAAGGCCAAGUGAGCAACGCUGCAUGUCAAACGUUCAUCUUACGGCACUAUCGCUGGCUUCAGACUAUGGUGUUCACCAUUAAGGAGAUAAACAGUAGCCCUAUUUUGCUGCCAAACCUCACUCUGGGGUACCUGGCAUUCGACACCUGCCUGCAGGAGCAGACGACAGUCGGGGCUGCGCUGGCCAUGAUGACGGGGCAGGAGGCUGCGGUUUGGGGUUCCAGCUGCACUGGCAGCCCGCAGGUGCCCAUCAUCAUCGGUGAUGCCAGGUCGUCUGGCUCCCUUGCAGUUGCCCGGACUCUGGGUAUUUUUGACAUCCCUAUGGUCAGCUACUUUGCCUCCUGUGCAUGCUUGAGUGACAGACAGAAGUACCCAAACUUCUUUCGCACCGUCCCCAGUGAUGCCUUCCAGGCCAAAGAGCUUGCCCAUCUGCUGCAGUUGCUGGGCUGGGCGUGGAUCGGGGUCGUGUUCGGAGAUGAUGAUUACGGCCACUACGGUGUGCAGCUGCUCCUGAAGGAGCUGCAGGGCUCCAACGUAUGUGUCGCGUUCAGCCAAGUCAUCCCCAAAGGCCUCAACCCCCAGAGGAUAAGGCACAUCGUGGAGACCAUUCGCCUGUCCACAGCGAGGGUGGUGGUUAUCUUUGCCAUCACCAAUGAUGCACAAGUCAUUCUAGAGGAGGUGGUUAGGCAGAACAUCAGUGACAGGCAGUGGAUCGGCUCUGAGGGCUGGGUUACAUCUCCUGACAUUUCAACUCCUCAGAAUCUGCCCUCGUUGGUGGGGACACUGGGCUUCGCUCUGAGAAAGGCCCAGAUUCCAGGCUUGGGCUCUUUCCUCACCAGCAUCAAGCCGGCGGGGUCGAGGACUGAGCCGUUUGUGAGAGAGUUCUGGGAGACGCUGUUUGAGUGCUCGCUGGAGGGAAACUCCUCCUCUGGAGACAACAGGCCCCGUUGCACAGGCACAGAGAGCGUGGAGAAGAAGGCCAACUCAUACUCAGAUGUGACUCAGCUGGGAGUGAGCUACAAUGUGUACAAGGCUGUGUAUGCUGUUGCCCAUGCAAUUCAGGACAUGCUCGCUUGCCCACCAGGCCAGGGGCCAUUUCAGAAUGGGACAUGUCCCAAUGUCAAAAAGAUGACACCAAAACAGCUCCUUCACUACUUGAAGAAGGUGAAUUUUACAACACCUCUGGGAGAUACUGUAAACUUUGAUAUGAAUGGAGACCCCUCUGCCUCAUAUGACAUCAUCAACUGGCACAUAGGUGAUCGAGGCAAAGCUGAGUUUGUGAAGGUGGGGCAGUAUGACUCCAGCCGAGGGCCGGGUCAGAAACUCCAGCUGAACCUCUCCAAAGUGGUGUGGGGUGGUGGAUGGACCAGCAAGAUACCCGUGUCAGUAUGCAGCACCCCUUGCACUCCUGGAACCAGGAAGGCUCUGCAAAAGGGAAGACCAGUCUGCUGUUUCGACUGUGUACAAUGUCCAGAUGGGGAAAUCAGUAAUGAAACGGGUGCAACUGAAUGCAUAAGAUGCCCAGAGCACUUCUGGUCCAACAACCUGAGGACAGAAUGUAUCCCAAAGCAAGAGGAGUUCCUCUCCUUCCAGGAGCCAAUGGGGAUUUUUCUGACGGCUCUUUCAAUAUCCGGAGCGCUACUCACAUCUGCCGUCCUUGUGACCUUCAUCCUCCACAGGGACACUCCCCUGGUCCGUGCCAACAACUCCGAGCUGAGCUUCCUCCUGCUGCUGUCCCUCAUCCUCUGCUUCCUGUGCGCCAUGUCCUUCAUCGGCCGGCCAUUGGCCUGGUCCUGCAUGCUGAGACACACCCUCUUCGGGGUGACUUUUGUGGUGUGCAUUUCAUGCAUCCUCAGUAAGACAGUGGUGGUCCUUGUAGCCUUCCGGGCCACACUACCGGGCAGUAACCUGAUGCGCUACUUUGGGCCGGCACAGCAGAGGAUAGGGAUCUGUGUGUGCACCUUGAUCCAGGUGCUGGUGUGUGUGCUCUGGCUUACGCUGGACCCUCCACUGCCCUCGCAAAACAAAGCCACCAUCCGCAGUGCCACGGUGGUCCUGGAGUGUGCAGCCCACUCACUGGCUGGGUUUGCUGCUUUGCUGGGCUACAUCGGUCUGCUGGCAACUGUCUGUUUUCUACUGGCUUUCUUUGCCAGGAGGCUCCCUGACAAUUUUAAUGAGGCCAAGUUCAUCACCUUCAGCAUGUUGAUAUUUUGCGCUGUGUGGAUAGCAUUUGUCCCAGCCUAUGUGAGCUCACCAGGAAAGUACACCGUUGCUGUGGAAAUUUUUGCCAUCCUGGCCUCCAGCUAUGGGCUGCUUUUAUGCAUUUUUGCACCAAAAUGUUACAUCAUUCUGUUCCAACCACAUAAAAAUACCAAGAAAAGCAUGAUGGCCAAAUGACGAUACGCUCUGUUAAAAUGCACUUUUUCUACUUCUUGCCAUUCUUCAAAAUGGUCUACUAAUAUGCUGACUAAUGCAGGCUUAAUUGACAACUGUUUACUGUUAAUUCUCUGUAAUUUUCAAUUCUGUAAGUCACU